AUGGCCAUAGACACCCACACCACCACACGUGCGGGGCUUAUAGCUGCUGCCACCGCAUGGGCAUGUAUCUCGCUCGUCCUUCUUCUGGCUCACCCGGACCGUGUCUUGGCUGCAACUCCCUCUCCACUCGUCCUGCCGUCAGCCACAGCUGCACUCGUCCUGCUCCUUCUCCUCCUUCUCCUUGCCAUCCAUCUUCGCUCGCUGCUCCUUCCUCAUCCGCCGCUCCAUCGCGAUUCGUCCCGCCCGCCACCACCUCCGUCGCUCUCCGUCCGCAGGUCGCUUCGAUGGCAGCAAGUUCCGCUGCCGGAGCUUGUUGCCGGCGACGAGAUUCUCCUCACACGCGGCGAUGUCAUCCCGGCUGACAUGCUCGUCACCGCUGCAUCGCGACCGCUCCGUCUCGCCCACUUUACCCUCCCGCUGCGGUUUGUGCAUGCCCUGCUUCCACAUACUCUGCCUGAUCUGCAGCACGCGAGCUCGUCGCCUCAACCGGAUGCGCCCGCCCUCCCGCGCGGCCUGCUCGUCGUCUCGGGCAAGGUCCGCGGGCUGGUACUUCAUGCCCCACCCACUCCUGUACUGUCCAACACAGGAGAGUGGCGCUGGAUGCCUCCAGUCCCGCUGCGGCCAAAGGGUCCACUACUCCCGUCGCCAGGCCGGUCGCUGCCCCGUCCCGAUCCGGCAUGCGGCUCGCUCCGCUGGGGCCUUGUCAUCGCAUGCCUUGCCGGUGCUCUUGGGCUCUUCCUGCUGUUUGAAGCACUGUCUCGAUCUCGCUCGCACCAGCUGGCAACGCCUAGUGCCAUGUCAUUCUGGCUGCUGGCUACCCUGUCGUGGUCCGCCCUCCUUCUCGCCUUCUUCGUCCCGGCACCCGUCCCGCGAGCAAUCGCCGAGGAGCGCAAACUUCGCGCCCUCCUCUCGUCAACCUUUGGCCUGCAUGCUGCUCGUCCGGGCCUCCUCACCCUUGCCGCUUCAGCCCAGGUCCUUGUUGUUGACGACCAGUUUGUCCUCGCCUCCCGCGACACCAGCUCCGUCGCCUCGCUGCGAUCGCUUGUCCUCGGCUUUGGCCUCUCCGUUAUCUACGUUUCGGCCUUUCCGCCGGCCCUUGCCCGGGCCCUGUCCGCGUUUUUCUUCUCGGGUGGUCUGCUCUCCGGCUUUGAGCCCGAGGGCGAGACUUCGUUCCUGACCCCGGUCUCGCCGGCCGAGCUCUCUAGCUUUGCUGCGGGCAUCCGCCGCUCCUCGAGCGACCGCCUCCACCCGCGCAACCUCCACGGGCUCGCCAUACACUCGGUGCCGGGCAGUGACGUCGCCGGCAUCAUCCGCACCCUGCGGGUCAUCAUGGUCCGUGGCACAACUGUGCUCGGCACCAUCUCCACCCUCUCGUCGCUCCCCGCCGCCGGCGUCUUUCACGCCACGAUUGCGCUCUCUCCGCCGUGCCAGCUUCCGGCCGCACUCUCCGCCGUGGUGAACGCCUCGCGCUCAAACCUGGCGCUGUCUCCAUCCGGCGACGGCUGGGACGCUGCUGACGCGCUCUCCGCAGCCUCCGACACGCCCAUUCCACUCGACUCCAGCCUCUCCGAGUACGAGUCGUGGGACACGCCGCUGUGGUCGUUUGACUCAUCGUCGUCCCUGGCGUACGCGCCAGUCCAGGGCGCCAGUGUCCCGAGCCUCCAGUGUCUCGCCGCACAGGCAUGCGUUGUCUACGCCGCUCAUCGCCGCCGCACCAGUCCGGACGAGCUCGCGUCGUCUGCGCGGGCCUUUCUCGAGCAAUUUGCUCCCCGCACCGCGCCUGCCGUCAGCCACGCUGCCGACCUUGUCCUUGCACGACCAGCCGGCACCCGGCGCCUCUCCCAUGUCGACAAGCUGCGAAUCCUCAUCGUAGCCGCUAGUGUCCACGCCGCCCAUCACGGCACCGUCCGGGCCAUGACGCUUGGCUUCUCGCUCGCCAUCGGCGGCAACCUUGUGCUCGGCCUGUUGCUCGGCAUGCCGCGGCUGAUCUUUCUGAGCGGCAUGGCGCUCUUGUUAGGCACCUUGGUCUUGCCGCUUCCACUAUGGCUGGCCGACGAGCUGGACUCGAGCCUCUUGGCCGCCAUGCUUCCGCGCAGCGUUGAUGCUCGCGCCCCGAUCCGUCUGGCGCUUUACGUCACGCUCGCGACGUGGUCGAUGGUGGCCGCGUCGUGGUCGCUGCGGACCCGGCUGCCGCUCGCCAGCCUUCUCGGCGCCAUCUUCUCGCCAGACCUUGAUGCGCGAAAUCUGAUCAUGUACGGAGAGUCUGCGCCACAGCGUGCACUGGCGCUUGCUGGCAUGCGCUCGAGCGUUGUCCUUGCGCUUUUCGCUGUCGGUCUCGCCCUCCUCCUCAGCCGCGCCCACGGCGUGGCGCUCUACGCGCGAAUUGCGACCAUAUCUCUCCUCGCCGUCUUUACCUUUUCCAUGGUCUCGCUCCUCCCUGCCCUCGGGGUCUACCUCGGCAUUGCCGCGCCGCACGUCUGGGAACUUGUUCUCACCCUGGCCUUUGCGGUCGUGGUCUUUGGCGCCGAGCUCGCCCAGAGUACGACCUCGCGCGCACGCACAAAUGCGCCUCUGCUUCUGCCGUCCGCCAUCCGAGCCAACGAUGCUCUCCGCCGUGCCGUGGCGCCGCCGCCAGAAGCCUCCGCCGCCCACGCCUCAGAGUAG